GAACACUUUCACUGGAAAUGGAAACAAAUCCUUCUUCAGUCUGACAGGAGACAGAAUGUCCGAAAAGAGUGCAGGCUGUCACGUGACCAUGUACAUGUUGUACGUCGUCGUCAUGUUUACAUUACGUCCAAUCGAAGGCCGGGAAUUACGCAUUGCUUGGAUGGCACCCAAAGAACAGCAUUACAAUUUUAGUGCUUCUGGAAGUGUGGGUGCUCUGAAGUUAGCGUUGGACACAAUCCGCGACGAUCCCAAUCUACUUCCGGGUCAUACCUUAAGCGUUAGUUGGUAUAACUCGGAAUGCCAGAGUAAACCAGCUAUUGCUCAUGCUGUGGAAGCUCGCUACAAUUACAAGCCAGACCUCUUCCUCGGACCUCCGUGUUCAGCAGCCAUGCGUGGUGUAGGACAACUGGCCUCUCAUUGGAACCUGCCUGUGUUUGGCUGGGUCUCCAGUGAUAUCGACCUGCGAGACAAGAGUGUUUACUCGACGCUAAUCCGUCUAUUAGGACCACUGAAUGCAUUCGAAACAACGAUGCAGUAUAUCUCAAAACUGUUCCAGUGGCGUCGGUUUGCUAUCCUGGAAGACCAGUGGACGGCGUAUGAAGGCGUGGCACUAGCCAUACAGACAGCAGCCCAAGAGGCCAAUUAUACUAUCACGUCGUCCUACAAAGUCUCAGAAAACAUGCGCGGGGACAGAAUGCGGGAAAUACUUAGAGAAGUGAAACGAGUUGCAAGAAUCUUGAUAUUUAUCGUUCACUGGCGUUCCAUGCGCAGACUGAUGUUGGCAGCGUAUGACGAAGGCAUGACCAAUGGCGACUACGCAUUUCUCUGCAUACAUGACGACCUUUAUGGCGGUGACACCCUUAAUAACGAGCUGCUUUCUGACAGUGUGUGGAAGUGGCAGGAUGGGAGAGAUGAGGAGGCCCGCAUCGCCUUCGAGAACGUCAUCCAUGUUGUCACAGCAACGGUGGAUUGGUCCAAAUGGUACAGGUUCAAAGAAGCCACAGGUCAUGUUGCCUCAGAAAUGGACGCUAAGUGGGAUUUGCCCAACACUUCGCGGAUGGAUAUGUACGCACCGUUUCUGUAUGACGCGUUGCUUGUCUGGGCUAACCUGGCCACACAGAUACUAUCAGAAGGGGGUGAUCCCAGUAACGGAACCCUCCUGUAUGAACGAGCUCGCUUCUAUGAGGGCAGAGGUAUCACGGGUCCCAUCUCCCUGGACGAGGUGGCGGACAGAGAGCAGAAUAUCUGGUUAUUAGAUCUGCAAGACGACGGCAGCUUCGCCGUCACUACCGAGAUUUACCAUAGCUCUCCCGAUGGCAUGUUUGUGGCGGAAAUCAUCGACAAGACAAAAAUCCGAUGGGCCAGCGGUAAGAUAGGAUUUGAGAACGCCCCACCUGACGUUCCUCCAUGUGGAUUUGACGGGGAGUUAUGUCCCGUAGAAGAGGAGAGGUAUCUCAGCUAUAUGGUCCCCACUAUUAUCAUCAUCCUUCUCACAUCCAUCUUCUUCAUAUGUCUUGUCAGGAUGUACAGGCGCAGAAAGCAUUUGCGUAGCAUGGCGUGGAAAAUAGAUUUUGAGGACAUAGAGUUCGUGUCGUCCACCAUGAUGUUCACGAAGGUAUUUAAGUCCAUUAUCAUCAACAUCGCCUUCCUCACGAGUUUCGGGACUAUUCGCCGGCUAGAGAGCGUGGCCGUCUCCGACUCGGCCCGAUCCUCGAUGAAGCGACGAGCGUCCUCGGUCUCCUGCAGUACCCUCGUCAGCGACGUCUUCCAGGACGAGCUCUUCGUACCCACAGCUUUUGUCAGAGGAAAUAUCGUUGCUGUGAAAAAUUUAAGGAAGAGAACGAUACAUUUAACGGGAAAUAUCAUACGUGAACUAAACCAGCUGAUGGAACUCAAACAUGUCAAUGUGUGCGGUUUUGUCGGUGCCUGUAUGGACCCAGGCCAGAUCUGUUUACUGUGGGAAUACUGUAUUAAAGGCAGUUUACAGGAUGUUAUUUGGAACGAAAACAUAAAACUGGACACACUGUUUCAAUUUGCCCUCUGUCAAGACAUCGCAAAGGGACUAGAAUAUAUUCACAAAAGUGAAGUUAACUUUCACGGCAAUAUGAAGUCCUCCAACUGUGUUAUUGAUAGUCGAUGGACGUGCAAGCUGACAGACUUUGGAGUUCCCAGCUUGAAAGCCAAGGAGCGCGCUUCCAUGGAUACCAUCGACGACAUAUCGAGCCAGUUGUUAUGGUCAUCACCUGAAAUCUUGCGAGGCGAGGAAAAUGUGGAUCGUCAGAAAUGCGACAUGUAUUCAGCAGGGGUCAUUUUCAAAGAAGUCUUCUGUCGAAAUGGCCCGUAUUCAGAGUACGAGUCCAUGUUGCCAUCAGAUAUCCUUGCGCGGAUACGUUCAGUGAAGGACGAGCUGACCUUCAGACCGUCUCUCUCCCUGCUCAUGGAGAACGGAAGUAUAUGCGCCCUUUUGCAGGAUUGCUGGGCAGAGGACCCAAAGACUCGACCAAACGCCACUAAAGUGGUAAAAUGGCUGCUCCGGAUUAACCCGCAUAGCGUGAACAUGAUUGAUCACAUGUUGGAGAUGUUGGAGAAUUACGCGGCCAAUCUGGAGAGCCUUGUUGCUGAGAGAACACAACAGCUGGACAUAGAAAAAAAGAAAACAGAAGAUCUGCUGUAUAGAAUGUUGCCUCAACCUGUAGCAGAAGAUCUUAAACUGGGCAAACCAGUGCAAGCAGAGUAUUUUGACCACGUCACCAUUUAUUUCUCUGAUAUUGUGGGUUUUACUAAAAUAUGCUCAGAAAGCUCUCCAAUGCAGGUGGUGACUCUUCUCAAUGAUCUGUAUACGCUGUUUGACGAUACGAUAUCCACCUACGAUGUUUACAAGGUGGAAACGAUUGGUGACGCCUACAUGCUAGUCAGUGGUUUACCCCACAGAAAUGGAAAUAAACAUAUUACGCAGAUCUGUGACUGUGCCUUAGAUAUUUUGGCUUCUACCUCCACAUUCCGGAUUCCACACAAGCCACAAGAUCAUCUGCGGAUCCGUGUUGGUAUUCACACAGGUCCAGUGGUGGCGGGAGUUGUCGGCCUUGUCAUGCCCCGCUAUUGUCUCUUUGGAGACACAGUCAACACCGCUUCGCGUAUGGAAUCAACAGGCCUACCAAUGAGGAUUCACCUGAGUCCUGACAUUGCCGCCAGUCUGCAGUGCUAUUGCUACCACCUGACGUGUCGAGGCGAAAUCGCUGUCAAAGGAAAGGGCAUCAUGGAAACGUUCUUCUUGGAUGGCAAAGAGAACUUUAUCGCAGAACUUCCGUCCUCUCACAACAAACUGCCGACCCACAUCAAUGACUGA